GCGGCGUUUCAUUAGUAAACGAACCGUCAAUCCGAAAACAAGUGCCAUUCUUCUGCUCCUUCGAACGCGCGCGCGGGUCUUUUCUGUAUCCGUUUUUUGAUUUUAAAGUUCUCCACCUUUCACCCGUUGGCCACCGCCCUCGAACUUGUUUUAGUUUAUUAUUUUUUAUUUUUUUAAGUUUAGUGGAAGUGAAUGCAUUAUAAAACCUGAAGCACUGGUUUCCGUUCUGAUGCGUAUAAACGCAGUGUAGAUUAGGUGAAGUAUCGUUCAAUUUGAAUGUUGGUGCUUUAAUGCACAAGUUUUGAGUGAAAAAAAUACGAACAGCGAAUAUCGAAUCAUUUCAUUAGUUAGGGGAAACCAUAAUCGACCAUUAUCGAACAUUUUGGUGAAAAACUUUGAACAUUUCUGUUCUGUUAAUUAAAAGUGAAAAAUUUAUUGCAACCAGUGCCUCAUUAGUGACUUCAGCAUAUCGUCAGAUCAUCAAUCAACGACAAUUCUGCUUAGCUGUUUUCAGGAUUUUGGAACUUUUUGAACAAUUUGAACGUUCUUUGAUAUUCGUUUUCUUUGAAUUCAAAUUAUACGUUCCAGAAUGGUCAUCCUCAAAACCGCACACAAAUCGACGGCAUCGAUCAGCUCGGUGAGUCGCAAGAGCAGGAACACCAGCAUCGUCCGGAAGAAGUACAAAGAAUCGUACCACGUGAUGGGUGGCUUCGAGCAGCGACCCUGGACCCCGACCAAACGGCGGGGACCCAUCGCGGCAGAACACCGUGGCCCGGGACCACAAUAUUUGCUGCCACAGCUGCUAGGCACGCGAGUAGUCGAUUCCAAGAGGGCGGCCGCACCCGCAUACAGCUUCGGUCAACGCCACCGACCCCGUACGGAAUCCUUCAGUCCAGGCCCACUGUACAACAUUACCGGGCUCGGAUGCAAGGGAAAAGAUACUCCUCCGGCUUAUUGUUUGCAAAGUCGACCCAAGGAAAUCCCAAAGUACCUCACACCGGCCCCCGGAGAAUACAAUGUAGAAAAGUCGGACAAAAUGCUCGUGAAAUCGGCUCCGCGGUACACCUUUGGCGUUAAAAAGCCACCGAAGUCCACUAGCGAAACUCCAGCUCCCUGUGAUUACAAACCCGAGAAAGUAGUAUUAGAUAGCACACCAAAAUUUUCAUUUGGAAUCAGGCCGGAAGUAAAGAUUCGUAGUGAAACUCCAGCACCCGGCACAUACUCCCCGGAAAAAGUAUUACAUGACAAAUCACCAAAGUACAGCUUUGGCCUUAAAGUUAUCCCUGAAAAGCACGAAGAAACUCCAGCACCAGGAACAUACCAACCAGAGAAGGCCAGUUCUGUUUUAGAUAGGAAACCAGCUUUUACCUUUGGCAUGAAAACAAUCAUUGAGAAACCUUACAACACUCCUGCCCCAAGUGCCUAUGAACCCGAGAAGGCCAAACUCGAUAACACUCCUGCUUACAGCUUUGGUAUCCGGCCUAAUCUGGAAAAACCGAACACUAACCCCGCACCAUGUCAGUACGAGCCCGAGAAGGCCAAGAAACUUGAUCACUCACCCGCAUAUCCAUUCGGCAUGCGUAUCAAUCACGACAAGCCUAGCAAUACGCCUGCUCCCACGGCUUACGCAGUAGAGAAUGUAAAGUUAGAUCAUCACCCCGCUUACAGUUUUGGACAGCGAACGAAAACCGAAAAACCGAACACCAACCCAGCCCCGGGAGCGUACGCGCCGGAAAAGGCCAAUCUGGACGGGGCGCCGAAGUAUAGCUUCGGCAUUCGACCGACAAUCGACAAGGUGGACUCCGUCCCAGCCCCAGGGGCGUAUUCUCCCGAAAAAGCCAAAUUAGAUAGCACUCCAGCGUAUAGCUUCGGAGCGCGGAUCAACGUUGAGAAACCAAGUGCCAUUCCCGGACCGGGGGCGUACGAUGCCGAUAAGAUGCAGGACAAGAAUUCACCAGCUUAUAGCUUCGGAGCGAGGACUACAGUGGGCAAGAUAAGUGACAUUCCUGGUCCGGGUGCUUACGAUGCAGAUAAAGUAGUGGAUAAGACUCCAUCUUAUAGUUUUGGAUUAAGAACGAAUGUUGAAAAACCCAGCAUCGUACCAGGGCCUGGAGCAUACGAUGCUGAAAAGGUAGUAGAUAAGAGUACGCCGGCGUACAGUUUCGGUCAUAGGACAAAUGUUGGAAAACAUGACAAUAUUCCCGGACCCGGAGCUUAUGACUCUGAUAAGGUAGAUAAAACUACUCCUUCUUAUAGUUUUGGAGUUAAGGCUUAUGUUGAGAAGCCCAAUUCGAUUCCGGGUCCAGGUGCUUAUGAUUCAGAUAAAGUUGACAAGGGAGCUCCAUCUUAUAGUUUUGGCGUAAGGACAAAUGUUGAGAAACCCAAUUGCAUUCCAGGUCCAGGCGCCUAUGAUUCUGAUAAAGUUGAUAAGGGAGCUCCUUCCUAUAGUUUUGGCGUUAAGACUAAUGUUGAGAAACCCAAUACGAUUCCAGGUCCGGGAGCCUAUGAUUCAGAUAAAGUUGACAAGGGAGCUCCUUCAUACAGUUUUGGAGUUAAAACCAACCUUCAAAAGCCAAAUAACGUUCCUGGUCCUGGAGCCUAUGAUUCGGAUAAGGUUAUUGAUAAUGGAACACCAGCUUACAGUUUUGGAGUAAAACCCAAUCUUGAUAAGCCAAAUACUCUUCCAGGACCAGGAGCAUAUGAUGCGGAUAAAGUAGUGGAUAAAAGUACUCCCGCAUAUAGUUUUGGUGUUAAGACAAAUGUGCUUAAACAUAAUAAUGUACCUGGUCCAGGAGCUUAUGAUGCAGAAAAGGUAGUGGAUAAAUCUACCCCAUCCUACAGCUUCGGACUCAAACCCAAUGCUGAGAAAAAGGAUAACAUUCCAGGUCCAGGAAGUUACAACAAUGAUAAGGUUGUAGAUAAAAUUGCUCCUGCCUAUAGUUUUGGGGUGAAAACAAAUACUGACAAAGUGAACAACACACCAGCUCCAGGCUCAUAUUCUCCUGAAAAAUGUAAACUUGACCAAACUCCACAAUACAGCUUCGGUGUAAAAACAAACGUGGAGAAAAAGGACACGAUCCCCGGUCCAGGAACAUACAAACCCGAAUCGGUGAAUCCUGACACUACCCCCGCGUAUUCAUUUGGAGUUCGCCCGAGCAUCGAUAAAGUUGACACCACACCCGCUCCCGGUAGCUAUUCACCCGAAAAACAUAAAAUCCACAAUCCGGCAUUUACGUUUGGAGUGAGACCCAACAUCGACAAGAUCCAACCAACACCUGCUCCCGGGGCGUAUAAUACAGAAACGGUAAAACUGGACAACACUCCGGCUUACACGUUCGGAGUGAGGCCCAAUUUGGAUAAAAUUCUCGUGACACCGGCUCCCGGGGCAUACGAAGUCGAAAAGGUAAAACUUGAUCAUGCUCCCGCGUACCAGUUCGGAAUCAAAGUGAAUCGUGAGAAGGCGAACGAUGUCCCAGCACCCGGAACGUACAACCCCGAAAAGUUAAAGCUGGAUCAUGCUCCAGCUUAUACGUUUGGUAUUAAGCAUAAAGGCGAAAAGCUGAAGGAUACCCCAGCUCCCUCGGCUUAUCAACCGGAAAAGUGCAAACUGGAAAUCGCCCCUGCGUUCACGUUUGGCGUGAAGGUAAAUUGUGAAAAGUUCACUGAUAGCCCAGUAGUCAUGAUGAACGGCGGCACCACUUCCACUUCAGUCACCGCUACUAGUGCCACCAAAACCGCUGCAACUGCAGCAGUCACGGAAAAUGGUGGCGGAAUCGUUGCACUGCAGCAAACCAGCAGCAGCCAAAACAGUAGUGUACAGCAACAGCAGCAACAGAGCACCCAACAUUCCCAGCGGGUGGUGACCAAUGGGGGUGCGGCCAUAACGACCACCACCACAAGCGGUAGCGUGAAAAUGACCCGCGAGCGGAAAACUUUUUGCGAAGAGCACGUGACCUCAACGGCAGCCACCACAUCCUCUACCAAUGGGAAUGCCGUGACGGCGGUCACCAACGAGAACCUGGUCCCAAAUUGCAUCGCUGGUGUCAAAUCGCUGCAGAACGUGCAACAUCAGCGAAUGGUUUGCACCGGACAUUUCCGGGCUUGAUGUGAUCAGUUUGUGGUUGUGGCGUGUUUUUUUUGAAAAGUAGAUGGCUUUGUUUGUUAGUUUUUUUCUCGUAAGAGUUCUGGAGUGCUUUUAAUUUGUGAUUUGUUUAUUGUUCGAUAGCUUCAUGGACAUAGCUUGUUUGAAAUAGCUUUUUAUUUGAUUUGUUAGUUUUCCCUAAUAAUAAUGCACUGUUUUGAAGUAGAAUUUCAAGUAGCAUCUAGAAUGUAGAUAUAAGAUUGUUGAUUUCAUCGUUAAGUCCUGUUUAGAGUUGAAGCCCCGAAUGAGUACCAUAUCCCAGAUGUGCUCGGUUCAAGCAAAGAAGGCCCGAUCAGAUCGGCACCUGCCUACACAAUCACGGGCCGCCAGAAACCGCGACUUCCACAGUGCAUCACUUUCCCUGGCCCCGGUCAUU